CAAUUCCGAUUUUUCCCGAAACAUCACGUGAAAUCCUUAGUCAUCCGCAACUGUACAGUUUAUCGGAGUAUGCCGAUAGCGCCUGGCUCGGCCUGCGUUUUGGCAAUACACAGAAAGUUGUAAUCGUCGCGCUCGCCGUCCUCCGCGUUCACCAACAUCAAGACUUUGACACAACAUGCCGGGCGUAAGAGACAUUAGCGCUGAGGCUUUCAUUGCCGCAUAUGCUUCCCACCUAAAACGAUCCGGAAAACUUGAGGUUCCAACAUGGGUUGACCUCGUCAAAACUGGCCACUUCAAGGAGCUCGCCCCCUACGACCCCGACUGGUACUACGUUCGCGCAGCUGCUGUCGCCCGUCACAUAUACCUCCGCAAGGACGUCGGUAUUGGUGCCCUUGCAAAACUUCAUGGUGGCCGUAACAGGCGUGGAAACCGUCCAUCACACCACGAAGAUGCAUCCGCCUCUGUUCAACGGAAAAUCUGCCAGUCGCUGGAGAAGAUCGGUGUCUUGGAGCAAACCGAGCGGGGUGGCCGUAGAAUAAGCCAAGAUGGUCAACGGGAUUUGGACCGGAUUGCAACUGCUGUCGUUGAGGCUGCUCGUGAGGAGGAUGAGGAGGAAGAUGAGGAAGAGGAAGCUGAGGAAGACGACGAGUAAAUUCUUAUUGCUCCCUUUCCCAUCGCUUGCAUACGGUCUUGUGCAUGUUCUUAUAUUUCCACUCUAUGGUAUGCAAUAUGCGCGGCUGAAAAUAUUUUUUUAUCUUCCGUUAGACUCUAUGGUGAUGUCUCCGACGCCGGUGAAAGACAGGUAUCCCAUAAUAUUACAUCUAACUUUGAAGAUGCGCUUGUCUCAAGGCUUUCUAUGCUAAGUGCCGUGGCAGCUCUGAUUCGUCCAGCAAGCAAAUAGGCAGGAAGGACAUGGACAUGGAAAGCAUGGGCUUUGGGUCCUACCCUUGUUUUUGCU